CUACUGGCUGCUGUGUCACAAAAAUGUCAAAACAUAUUUUUAGGUUAUGUUUAUUUUCACGCCGUGCUUUUAUUAUUUCAGUAAACUAUUUUUUAAUUCAUAAAACAUGAGUAAAAAGUUAAAAAAUAUGAAAUGGGAUCCUGUUUCGUUGGACGGUUUUCCUAUUUCAAUGACAGAUAAGUUUCAAGGUUUCGUGGGCCUCGAAGAAUGUACAAGUUAUGGUUUUGAUAGAGAGACAAACAAUUGUACCAGAAAGAAAAAAAUACAGAAGAAAGCAAAAAAACGCAAAACAUUAACACAGGCAGAAGAAGUACCUCAAGUUCCAACAAAAAAAGUUAAAUUAAGCAAUGGGUUUAUUGUUGAAAGCUGUAAUACAGUUACACCAUCAUUGAAUAAUACUGAUAAUGUAGCCAAACAAAUUGGAGGGAUAAAUAGUAAAAAAAAUAAAAAACACAAAAAGAAAAAGAAAGACAUGUCUAAUUGUAACGCACCUAAAAAGGAUGACAAUAAAGAAAUAUCUAAUACAAAUGCACAAAAAGAGGUUGAAAAUAAUAAAAAACUCAAAAUGAAACUAGGGGAAGAUAUCACAAAAGUUGUGUCAGAGUUGACACCUGAGGAUAUGUUGACAUGGGCAGAGUUUAAACUCCCCGAGCCAAUAUUGAAAGCGCUAAUGGAGUUGAAUUUUAAAAAGCCCACAAAAAUACAACAGUUGACUUUGCCAGCUGCUAUUCAUGGUCGCAGAGAUAUCUUGGGUGCUGCUGAAACUGGGAGUGGUAAAACUCUUGCAUUUGGCCUUCCCAUACUCACUGGUAUUAUGAAAUUGAAGGAAAAAGCUGAUGCUGGUUUAGACGUUUAUGAAAUACCAUAUAAAAAGACAUCUGUGAAAAGAAAAAAUGAGGAAAAGAAGCCAUCUAAAAAAGAUAAGAGGCAAAAUAAAAAUAAAGAAGUGAAAAAGAAGGAGAAAGAAUCAUCUGAGGAUGGUUACGGAAGUGGUGAUAGUGAUGAUGGCAAUAAUGAAGAAAUCAGUGAAGAAACAAGUAUUGAUAUGAAAAAAGGUACAAAAAAUAAAAGUGGGCAAGUUACUAAAGUUAAUUCCAAUGAUAAAAAUCAAGAUAUAAAAUUGAAAAAACAAAAGAUCAUUAAAAAGUAUAGAAAUAAUGAUGACGAUUUUAUAGAAGAGUUUGACGUGCCUAUAAGAAAAAAACAAAUGUCUGAUGAAGACAUAGACAGUGAUGACAGUGAUAAUUACACACAUCUCUCAGAGAUGCUCGACUCCGAUGAUUUGGUGGACUCGAGUGAUGAUGAAACCACAGGUAAUGAUUCAGCAGUUACUGAUAGAAGUGAAGUAUCAGAUGAUAUUGAUACUGAGAGUGACGAUGCUUUUAGUGAAGAUAAAGGAAGUGAUGAUGAAGAAGUAGCCAGUGAAGACUCGCAUGGUGAAGAUUCAGGAGAUGAAAGUGAUAUUCGUCAAAGUGAAGAGGAGAAUGAAGAAGGCAUUGGAUGCGUAAAGGUCAUAGACAAUGUGGAGUUACCAGGCCAUAUAGUCACUAAGACGGGAAAACCGUUGUAUGCUCUGAUCUUAACGCCUACAAGAGAGCUUGCUAUACAGAUUAGCAGGCAUUUGAUCGCGGUCGCUAAAUAUACAGGUAUAAAAAUAGCAACAAUUGUGGGUGGUUUGGCGCCGGUGAAGCAGGAGCGGGUGCUGGCGCGAGGUCCCGAGGUGGUGGUUGCCACGCCUGGCCGUCUCUGGGAGCUGCUGCAGCAAGGACAGCCCCACUUGCAACAGCUCGACUGCGUCAAAUUCCUAGCCAUAGACGAAACGGAUCGCAUGAUAGAGCGAGGACACUUCGAGGAGUUACAGCCGCUACUGGAGCGACUGAACUCCGAUGAGGUCAGAUGCAGCACUCGCCAGAACUUCGUGUUCUCCGCCACUCUCACCAUGGUGCACGAGCUGCCCGCUCAUAUGAAGGGGAAGAAGGUAACGAAGAGAGGAAAAAUUAUAAACAGAAAGAUAGAGAAGAUGACUCCCCAACAGAAGAUCAAGAGGCUCGUCAACAUGCUGGGCAUGACCGACCCCAAAGUUGUGGAUAUAACGGUGCAGAAUCUAGGUACAUCAGAAACGUUAACGGAGAGUCGGAUAGCGUGUUCGCUGGAACAGAAAGACGCAUACCUCUACUACAUAUUGAAAAAUCAUCCAGGCCGUACAAUAGUGUUUUGCAACUCUAUAGGAUGUGUGAGGAGGUUGGCACAACUGUUCUCUUUACUCAAGUGUCCGCUACUGCCACUGCAUGCCAGCAUGCCGCAAAGACAGCGUCUAAAAAACCUCGAAAGAUUUAGAGAUGACCCACAUGGUGUAUUGGUGGCGACCGACGUGGCGGCGCGAGGCUUGGACAUACCUAACGUGGACCACGUCAUACAUUUCCAAGUGCCCAAAACUGCUGAGAACUACGUGCAUCGCAGCGGACGCACCGCUCGCGCCAACAAGGAAGGUCUCACAAUACUCAUGAUGGAGCCGUCAGAAGCGUAUCUUUACGCCAAAUUGUGCAAGACACUUAACAAAACAUCUGAACUGCCGACGUUCCCGGUGCCCGCUCACGCGCUGUCCACCCUCAAGGAGCUGGUGGCGGUGGCUCGCGAACUUGACGCCCUGAUGCUGAAGAAGCGCCGCGUUGUGCAGGCGCUGGGCUGGCGGGACAAACUCGCAAAAGAAAUGGACAUGAUUAUAGAUGACGACGAACUUCCUGUCAAGGACGUGGUUCCGUCUACAGAAAAAGCCUUAAAGUCCAAGAAGAGGCAACUGGAAUCUCUCCUCUCUCGGCCCCUGUUCCCCCGAGGGUUCUCGUUCAAGUAUCCCACGUUGAACGACCCUGCUAUGUUUGUUAAGAGCGAGGAUAAUGCUUUACAGGUCAUGAAGAAAGCCAUUCAAUCUGGAGAAUUGAAAAAGGAGAAAAGGAAAAGCAAAAAUGCUCCAUUAUUAAAACUACAGAAAGCGUUAAAGAAAUAAAUAUAUACGUGUAA